GAGCAUUGACGUCACCAACACGGUCACGCUUGUGUAUGUUGAUGUCUGCUGCCUGACUCAGCUGGGUUUCUCGUGUUUGGUGGGAACUGGGGUCGUUCUUCUCCUGAAGCACUGGUUCCAGGGCGACGGUGAGGCUCUUCAGCAGCAUGGCCGACGCUCCGGAGCCCGAAGAGCCGCCCAGCAACAACACCCCCCCCCUCAUCACUGUGUCCGACCUGCCCAGUGCCACUGCUGCAGGCCGUAACCUGAAGGAAUGGCUCCAGGAGCAGUUCAGCGACAAACCUCUGGAGCAGGAGGACCUGCGGCUGCACAACGCAGCCUACGUGGGAGACCUGGACACCCUGAGGAACCUGCUGCAGGAGGACAGCUUCAGACGGCGUAUCAAUGAGAAGUCUGUGUGGUGUUGUGGCUGUCUGCCCUGCACCCCCCUGCGGAUCGCAGCUACAGCGGGACACGCCGCUUGCGUGGCCUUUCUGAUCUCUCAGGGAGCCAAGGUGGACCUGGUGGAUGUUAAAGGUCAAACAGCCCUCUACGUUGCCGUGGUGAAUGGUCACCUUGACUGUGUCCGGAUCCUCCUGGAAGCCAAGGCCGAUCCCAACGGGAGUCGGCAUCACCGCAGCACGCCGUUGUACCACACUGCCCGGGUGGGCCGGCUGGACCUGCUGCAGGAGCUCAUCAGGUUCAAUGCUGAUGUGGACAUGGACCACCAGCUGGGCCCCCGGCUCCUCUUAGGCGCUCGAACCCUCAACACUUUGGUGGUGUGUCCUCUCUACAUCAGCUCAGCCUACCAUCACCUCCCUUGUUUCCGGCUGCUGCUGAAGGCCGGCGCUCAGCCUGAUUUUAACUACACAGGGCCCGUCUGCCAAGAGGCUCUGACCCGGGGCCUGGCCUCCUGCCUGCUGGACGCCGCGCUGCGACACGGCUGUGGGGAGGACUUCAUCCACCUGCUGCUGAACCACGGGGCCAACCCGCACCUCGUGCCCUGGGAUGGAUCAGCACUGGAGGCUCCCAAUCGGAGGGAGGUGGAUCCGGAGGCGCUCAAGGUCUUCCUGGAGGCCAAGAGAUGCCCUCGCAGGCUGACACACGUGUGUCGCAUCAGGAUCCGCAGAACGAUGGGUAAAAGUCGCCUAAAACACAUACCCUUGUUACCGCUGCCACAACCCAUCAAGAACUUCCUGCUUCACCAAACCUGACAUCCUCUUUCACAGAGCUCCACCAACCCCAACCUUUAAAAAGCCUAUUUGAAUCCAACCCCCAAAUAGAGCACUUUGUGAACCAAAUUUGCUAAUUGCAUUUUAUUUUCUAAUAGCAAACAUUUUAUAAUAUUUUUCAAGCAUUUUGAAGUUAUGUAAUAUCUUAUCUUGCUAUUUUUGUUGUAAGUUAUUGACUUACUUCCUAACUUAUCAGAGAAGCCUUAUUAUGUCCUCAUCUGUUUGUGUUUUAACUCCCCAAAUCUCCGGUAUGUGUUCCGUUCCUGCUUCAAGUAGCACUUUUCAGCUAAUAGCCAUAGUGAGAAUGUCAUUUGAUGUAAAGCAUGGACUUAGAAUGAGCAGUAUAAGGUUCUGGCAUCUUAACUGAAAACACUGCUAGCAGGUGAAAAGUUUACACUUUGCUUUAAGUCACUCAUGUACAUGUUACCAUCACGUAAACAGUCUCUGUGGAUUAAAUGUAUUCAUGAUGGAUAGAAUAACUUUGUAUGUAUUUCCCAGAAAGCUGCCUUCUCCAUGAGUGUUGCACCUCAUGCCUUCUGUGCACCUCUGUUGCACAGCGUGUUACUCACACAAAUGUCUCUUUGUGCAUUUUACUUUGUAUAUCUUGACUUUGUUUGCAUCCAAUACACGUGCAAUAAUACCAUAUCCUCUACUUUAUGUUUUUCAUCAUCUAAAACGUGUGACGGCUCACUUU